AUGAAAGUAGUACUUGCCCUGUUACUUGUCUCCGUCCCAAUCAUGGCCGGUCAACUUGUCGGUGGAUGGUCCAAAUUGGACCUGAAAGACCCCGUGGUUCAAGAGUAUUUGACCAAGGUUGAGAAGCAGUACAACCAGGAGAGCAACGACAAAUACCACCACAGAGCGCUGCAGGCGGUCAGCGCGGAACAGCAAGUUGUUUCCGGAAUGAACUACAAGAUCAAGUAUGAGUUCGGAAAAACCAACUGUUUGAAGGUGAGAAAUUUGCAAAAUCGCGAUUUUUAGCAGCUGAAAUGCGAAAAUUUUCGACGAUUUAGUUGUUCCAGUGACAGACCUGAUCCAGUGGCAAAAAACGUACCAUUUUGGAUCCGGGAAGCAUCAAAAAAUAUGGCAAAAUACCUCCCUCUCCAGCUAAAAAAGCUCGGUUUUGAAGGGCGUUGAAAUCGGAGUUUUUUCACUUGUGAGGUAUUUUGCCACAUUUUUGAUACUUCCCGGAUGCAAAAUGGUACGUUUUUUGCCACUGGAUUAGGUCCGCUACUGUAAUUGAUGUUGUAAGAUAAUGUUUUAUAAUCUUAGGGAUCGGUCUGCGCUUCCGACGCCCCAGUCACCGAUAAACAUCAUGUGGAAGCCAAGAUCUACAGUCAGCCAUGGACCAAGACCGAGGAAAUCACUCUGCAUCCUCAGUAA